AAAAUGGCUUCAGGCGGAGCAGCUCCCCAAAGAGGAAGUGCAGCAGCUACUGCAAGCAUGAGGAGAAGGAAGACAGCCGGUGGCGGGGCCUCUGGAGGAGCUGCAGGGACUAUGCUUCAGUUUUACACUGAUGAUGCCCCUGGACUCAAGAUCUCCCCAAAUGUGGUUCUUGUAAUGAGCAUUGGUUUUAUAGCAUUUGUUGCCAUCCUUCAUGUGAUGGGCAAGUUGUACUUUGUGCGUAGGGAGGCUUAGAGAAUACAAUACAAAGUUAGGUUCGUUUUGGGGAUUUUAAUAUUUACACAAUGUUAAGAUUUUAGAUUAUCUAUUACUUGAUCCAACCAUGGCAAUACAUUGCUUCUUUUUCUGGUACAGUUUCCUGGUUAUUAUUUUUCGCAGUUGAUUUAUAA